AUGAAGUGUUUCAAAGAUGCUUUGGAGUUAGUCAGGAAGUCACCACCGUGGUUGUCUGAACGACAGAAGAGCUCAUACAGUUGGAAUCCUUACAGUUUUGAAGGAGGGUCCACCGCUGCAGUAGCUGGCGAGAACUUUGCAGUAAUUGCUAGUGAUACGAGAAUGUCGCAGUUUGAAAUCAACAUUUUGACACGUAAGGCUGAGAAGAUCUCAGUAUUGAAUGAUUCGAUUAUUCUCGCUUGUGCCGGGUUUUAUGGCGACAUUCUGCAGCUAAGACGAGUACUGCAGGCGCGACUUCAUAAAUAUCGUUUCGAUUAUCGUGGAGAUAUGACUGUGGACUUAUGCGCUGAAUUGUUGUCUCGAAAUCUCUAUUAUCGGAGAUUUUUCCCUUAUUACACCGGUGCUAUUCUGGCUGGUAUAGAUGAAAAUGGAAAUGGAGCCGUGUUUAGCUAUGAUCCUAUUGGUUGUGUACAGCGUGUCACUUACACCGCAUCUGGAAGCGCAGAACCAUUAAUUAUCCCAUUCUUUGAUUGUCAAAUAAAUCAAGUCACCCAGUCAGAUGAAACGGAGAGGAUUCCGUUGACUGUUGAACGUGCAACUUCAUUAAUGAAAGAUGCUUUUCGUAUGGUUGCAGAGCGUGAAAUUGGUACUGGCGAUAGGAUACAUCUCGUGAUAGCUGAGUGUAAUAAACCCAUAAGACAGGUUUAUUUACCAUUGCGGGAGGACUGA